CGCUGACGGUCAUUAUAGAGAGGUCUUUCAACGAAGUGAAACGUCAGCUAGUCGGUUAUUGGCUUUGUUAUUUAUAUAUUAUUAAUCCAAUAAAAUCUUAUCAAAGGCAAACCAAAAAAACCCAACUAAAGCAGCUAAACUAUAGCCAAAUAAUACUUUUUUGGCCAAUUAUCAGCUCGGUUUCGGGUUAGGCACGUACUUGGCACACAGUGUUCAGCUGGUAAUGGAAGAUCUUUCGAAAAAAAGUGUAAAGUUUCAAUAAUAUAUGUAUAUAUUUAUAUAUAUGUUUGUGUAAUAACAAAUGAUAUCGCUGUAAUUUUUGUGCAUUCGAGUUUGACGCGCGUUUCCAGCAUUGUGUUUUAGACUAACCCCCAAAAGGAUCUACAUCCAUGGCUAGUCCGAUCAGUAAACGUAGCCUAUUUCUUUGCCUAAUCCUCGCGAUUGUCAUAUUCCUAGUGCUGCUAAAUUUGAAGGAGACAGCACAAUUGUCAAUUGCCUUGACCAGGCAACAGGCCGUCCAUCACGUCCAGUCAAAGGCUGCUGCAGUGACCAAGCUGUUUGUGCCCAGCACUGAGGAGACUUUGUGGUUAUCGCCACGCUCUCAGGAACUUCAAGAACUGCUCAAGUGUCGCAAUCGCCGUCUGCGACUACAGAAAGUUCAGAAUGGCAAAUAUUGGGUAGUGCAGAACUUGGUUAUCGGCCGGCUCAGUCGUCACAUGGCCUGUGCCGAAUCCAUUACAUACACCACAAACGGAGAUUAUACGUUCUUCGAUAAUCUCGAAACAGUUACCGAUCGCUGGUUAGGACCAAUUAGCUUUGCCAUACACACACCUGGCUAUGAUCUGAACUCCACACUGGAUGCCAUUCAAUAUGUGAGAAACUGUUUGCCUGGCAGCGAGCUGAUCAGUGACUUCGUUAGCUUUCACAUUUACUUCUCCAAUGAGCAUAUGCCCGAGUAUGUGCCGCUCGAUGAGGACGAGGCCUUGAAUUGGCCUUUUCAGUGCGUGGAUGGUAAUGGCAGUCUAUUGGCCCCGCCCUACCUGCAGAACCGCGCCACCAUGUACAAGGUGCAAGCCAAUUUGACGUACCCCAUCAACGUGGGUCGGAACAUUGCUCGCAGAGCUGUCAACACGCACUUUAUAUUAGCCUGCGACAUCGAGCUCUAUCCAAGUUUGGGGCUGAUCGAGCAGUUCUUGGACAUGGUGCAUCAGAAUAAAAGUGUCUUGGCCCUGGGUCCGAAUCAGCGGCCACGAGUCUACCCCUUACCGGUCUUCGAGAUACAGGAGAAGGAGCGUGUGCCCGACGAUAAAUUAGAAUUGUUGGCGCUCUUGCAGAGGGGUCGAGCUCAGCUCUUUCAUGCGAGAGUCUGCGAGACUUGCCAUAAGGUGCCUGGCUACCAGAAUUGGAUCAAUCACACGACCCGCAUCACAAACGAACUUGAACUGUUCAGCAUGACCCUUAGACAGGAAAAGUUCAGACACUGGGAGCCCUUCUACAUCAGCGAUAACACGGAGCCGAUAUUCGAUGAACGCGUCACCUGGGAGGGACAGUCCAAUAAACGCAUACAGGGCUAUGCUAUGUGCCUACUAGGCUAUGAGUAUCAUGUGCUGCAUCCCGCCUUCCUGGUCCACAGUCCUGGUAUUAAAAAUUCUACACGUAGCGCGCAGCGUGUCAGAUACGCACGAGAAAUGACCAAAUAUAUUAGGAAGAAAAUCGAGCCCGAGUAUCGCGUGCUCUUCGGCCACAACAAGAAAUGCGUGACGUGAUCUUAGUGAUACAUCUAGACAUACGAUAGCCAGGCAGUCAAGUGAUAUAACAUUUCUUAUAGAUUUUAAAUUGAGCUAAGAUAACAGAAGAGACUGCCCUUAGCAAAUAAACUGUGAGUCAUCGUAAUAAAAGCACUGCAAGAACUGUUAUCGAAAGUUAUUUAUCUAUAGUUUAAGCUAAUGUGUAAUUUAGACUGUAAAUAGAUUGAAAUGUUCAAGUUUGGCAGUGGUAGUAAAGGGAAAAUCAAAUUAAAUA